CUCCUCCUUUCUUUCUAUCUUCCCACCUCCAUCAAUCGCGUGUGCCGGUUGGUCGUUGCGGAGGGUGUGCACGGGGGCGACGUUGGCUAGAUUUGAGGCGGCGGCGCGAGAUCUGAACGAGGACGGCGGCUGGGGGCUUGAGGAGGCGCGAGCGGCACCAGGAGGCCACCCAUGCCCACCGUGGGGAACCUGGCCAUGGGAGGAGCUCGCCACCAGGGCCUGCAGGCGGAGGUGGAGAAGGACUCCCCGACGAGCGGCGCAAGUGCACACGGGAGCUUCUCCACGGAUAUUUUAAGGUCACCGUGAGCACAUCUGGCAGCACAACUCCUUCAAUUGAGGAGAGUUGAAGGCCACCGUCACUACAUCUAGCAGCACAAGCACAACUACAAUCUGAGUCAGAUCUUUUACCGGUUUAGCUGGACCUUAUGGUGGAUGAAGCAGCAGUACAUCAGGUGUCCCCGCUGUUGGCGCUAAUGUCCAAGGAGGAAGCUCGGCUCUGCUUCUUUGAUUUCAUGACCAAGGUUACGCAAUAUGAGGAGCUAGUUGAUGCCGGAAAAAUGUUUCUUGUAAAGUUCUGUCAGGAAUUAGAGCAUUUUCGAAGACCAAUGAUUCCCAUGGAAUCGGAUGCUGUCAGUCAGUUAGUCAAAUCUAACUACACUGAUCGACUGAGGUCCUAUCUUGAAGCAGGCUGCCACCUUCAGCACCAAAGUAUCCGGAAUAUUAACCAGUAAUACUACAAUGCUUCAGCUUUUUUAGUGUGCUCGCGGGAACAAAUGGGUAGGCCCUCUUGUGAAACCCACGAUGCUGAAGUAUUGUGCAUGGUGGUUACUGUGGCAGCAGGGCACAACUGCAAUAUCUAUAUUCAGUACAAUCUUGCGAGGAAAAAUUGAGGACCAUAUAAAUAAAGUAAAACAGCUGCGACGGUCGAAUUUAUUCAGAGCUAAAGUUUUGAUUGAAGAACUUGAAUGCCUGGCCGAGGAUGUUUAUAGCACUACGCUAACAGCCAGCCUUAGUAUCUUAGAAGCUUCAGAUUGCUUUGAUGAUGAUGAUAACCUGCCAGCAGAUUCUUGUGAGGAUGAAGGGCAGUCUGUGGAUCCGCUGGACAGCGCAGUAUCUUACUCGAGCGUUAUGAUUCUGGUUCACAAUAUGUUAAAGUUGGAUUAUUCGAUGCAGGAGAAGAUAGUCAAGGCACUGUGCCUUAAAACACCAUCGUCGGAGCUAGAUGGCUAUUGUCUAAUGUGGGACUUGCGGCCGUAUAUUGAUGACAAUGUGUUGCAGCUUGCCUGGAAAUUCAUUUCGUAGAAGCGGAGCGGACCACGCCUGACGGUAAACUAGUGCCUGAUGGACAAUGAUUUUGCUGCAAGCAUUGUUAUGUGGGGCUAGAAAGGGCCCCGCCUAAACUUAAAGGGAUAUGUAUCCCCUAUUUACCCUUAGCAGUUUAGAUCUUUUAGAGAUAUUUCUUGAUUCCCAAGUUGGUUAUUUCCUAAUGUUUGUUAGUUCGGUUU